AUGAGCUGUACAGAUGAAGAGAAAGUGGAGUUGGCUGCGUAUCACCUCCGAGAUCAGGCGGUCACUUGGUGGGAUAUGCAGAAGACGAUCUUUGGGGAGCAGCAUAUCACAUGGUUGAUGUUUCGUGAUGCUUUCGAGAGGCAGUAUUUCCCUGCUACCUUUUGUCUUGCUCGCCGCCAGGAGUUUCUGAACCUAAAGCAGGGCGAUUGUUCGGUAUUGGAGUAUAAUGCAGAGUUCAGUAGGUUGGCUGAAUUUUAUCCUCAGCUAGUGGCACAGGAUUACGAUCGGAUGCAUCAGUUUACUAAGGGCCUUGCUGCAUACAUUCGGAUUCGGAUAUCAGGUUUUCCAGGUAGUUCCUACCAGGAGGUGUUGGAUCGAGCAUUGUUUAUUGAGAUGACUCAGCAGCAGAUAACUCAGGAGAAAGGCCAGGAUAAACAGUCAUCACAAAAGAGAGGGAAUAAGGGUCAGAGCUCACAGACUACUACUGGAGGAUCCUCUCGGCCACAGAAGGCAGGGCGGACAUCGGAUGGAGCAUCUCGUCCUCCUCAGCAUGACUGGAAGAAAGAUAGAAUUGGAUCCAGAUGGCAUGAGAGUCGGGAUUGUACUUUGAAGGCACAGUUGGAGGCUACUAAGGCUACAUCUUAG